UAAAAUAUGAUAAACAUAUUUUGAAACUUGGAAAAUUCAACUAAAAAUUUUAUUUUUUAAUGGAAUCCAUAUCAGGAUUUUGUGAUUUAUGUAUUCUAAAUUCAAAAUCAUCACCAGAGAGCAUAAAAGAAAUAUGCUUAAAAUUAAUAUCACUUGGAUAUAAAACAGUUGCAGUCAAUUAUUUUUUUGAAGACACUAAUUCGGAGUCUAAAAAGAAAAAAAAGAAAGAUGUUAAAGAAACGCAGGAAGACAUAAUUCCGCCACCGAUAAAUUUAGAUUUUCUAAAGGAUCUGCAGCAGAAAAUUCGAGUUAUUCAUCGACUAACUAUUAAAUUUUCUGAUUCAUCUUUAACAGUAAGAUUAAACCAGUCGUUAAACAUUCGAAAAUAUCAUUUAUUAGCAGCACUUCCAUUAACACAAACUGCAUUUCAAAUAGCCUGUAGUACAUUCGAUACCGAUAUAAUUACGUUUGAUCCAGAGAAUAAAAAUGUAAUAAAAUUAAGUAGGAAAUUGUAUAAUCAAGCAAUUAAUCGAGGUUUAGUAUUUGAAUUAAUGUAUACACCGGCAAUACGGGAUUCAACACAUCGUAAAAAUAUUAUUCAUAUGUCACAUCUAUAUCAUGCAUUUGGAAAAUCGAAACAGAUCAUCGUCAGUAGUUGGGCAAGUGAACCCCAACAUGUUCGAUCACCUUACGAUAUUGUUAAUUUAGGUUUAAUUUUUGGAUUAAGUGAACAACAAGCUAAAUAUGCAAUCACAAUCGCUUGUCGAGAUGUUAUACUUCGAGCACAUGGGAGAAGAAAUGGAAAAACAAUUAUGUUAGUAGUGCAACCUUCAGGGGAAGAAAUUGUUGAAACAUUGGAAGACCAAAAUUCCGAUAUUGAGAUGGAAAUCGAAACCCAACCAGCUUUAAAAAAAUUAAAAUCA